AUGCUCCAUUUCUUCAUGACCACCUGUUUCAUCCUUGUAAUAUGCUCUUCCAGUCCCACCCUUCACACUAUUAGCUGUAAGCAAGGGACAAAGCCAGAAUGUCUCAAGGCCUCCCACGUGCCAGGGCGCAACCUCUUGGCAAGAGGAAUAAAUAUAGUGACCAUGAAGAGCGCUGGUAAUGUUCUGUUCAACACCCAGCAGUACAUGAAAAAUAAUACCUGCAAAUUGUGCCAAGAUCCUCAAAAUAAAGACGCAUGGUGGAAAGUCCCUAGUACCCUGAAGCAAUGGAAUAUGCAAAGUUCCUGCAGAAGGAUGAUGGCGAGCAAGGUUUUACAAUCUCCAGUCUUAGUGGCCAAGGAAGUGGCAUCAAGUGCGCAGAAUGACUGGACAUAUGAUCUGAAUAUAACAUGUAAAGAACUGCAAGGAGGCAUAGUCAUGGCUGGUGCCCAAUCCAAAUUGGCUGAGUUUGCUGUUGAGAAAUGGCAUUUGGACAAGUAUUCCUUCCUCAACCACAAGUUUGAAUGUGAAUAUUACAGUUUUCAGAUGUCUAAGGAUCAGGAUCUAAGUCCACAUUUUUUGAAAGCUGUGGUCCAGCUCCCUAACAUCUAUAACCAAAGAACCAAACUUCAGUAUCAUCAACUGAUAGCCUCCUAUGGGACACACUAUAUCACCGAGGCAACAAUGGGGGGACGGCUGUGGGAAGUGACUGCAUUAAGAACCUGCGAGGUGGCUUUGAGUGAUGUCACGGUGGAAGAGGCGAAAGAAUGCUGGGAAGCAGAGCUGAUGGCUGCCGGGGUUGGUUCAAACAGCACAAUGCAAAGAAAUCAGAAAUGUAUGGUUUCAAGCAGAAAAUAUAUUUAUGUAAAAAACUUCCAUCAGAAAUUUAAUGAGAGGUUCCAGGAGGUGGUAGGAGGAAAUGGAAGAUUCGAUCUUCCUGAUUCGUCUGGAGAAAACAAGUGGUUGAAAAGUGCUAAGAAGGUUCCUGCUCUACUGAAUUACUCCUUGAUGCCCAUACACACCUUAAUUAGGGCCAGAAGUCCCAAGAGAGAAAGCCUAAGGAUUGCUAUCAGUGAAUACAUCAAAAGGAGGUCCAUGAAGAUUGAAUGUUCAUGUUUAGGAAAUGCGAAUCCUAGCCAUAGGGACGAUUGCUCCUGUUCUUGUCCUCCAUCCAAAUACACCAACUCAGACUGCUGCCCAACAAGGAAAGGAUUAGCAAGGUUAAUUAUUGAGAUUAGAUUUGCCACGGGUCUAUAUGGAGACGUUUGGACAUCAACAGACAGCUAUGUAAACUUCUACUACAACGGAUAUGAAAAAGAGACUCAAACUAUAUGGGACAAUAAUGAUCCCAUGUGGGGUGAAAAGCUUGAUUUUGGGAUGGUGGAGCUUGGUUCUCAGAGAAAGUACACUUUAGAGGUGUGGGAUGAAGAUAUGACGGAUGAUGACCUACUCUUGCAGUGUAAAGGGAUUCUAAGAGCAGGGAAUACAACAAGAGUAUGUCAUUACAGCGAUAUGAAAAUAGUGUUCAGUCUUUACACAACCUGUGCCCCUUUCCUUGGAGGUGAAUAUUGUGAUGAAUACAUUCCCAGCCCACCAUGA